AUGUGCAUUUUAUUUCUAACAAGAAGUCAUCCUGAUUAUGAAUUAAUAUUGAUAUCUAACAGGGACGAAUUUUUACAAAGGAAAACCGCAUUUUCAUGUUGGAAUGAGAGAUCUAAUUGUGAGGUAUUGUGUCCAUAUGAUUUAUCUCGAAAUGAAACUGAUCCCAGCAAGUUUGGUACUUGGUGUGGUAUUAAUGAAUUUGGAAGAGUGUCAUCUGUGUUAAAUUUAAAAAUGGAUGAAAAUAAAGUUGAAGAUAAAAACGUUAGGAAAAAAUCUAGAGGAUAUUUACCAGUCAAAUUUUUAGAUAACAGAAAAGAGAAUAGUUUUAAUGACUGGAAUUCAUAUAGCAAAUUUUUGAAACAAUAUCCGGAUCUUGAAAAGACAGGAUCUUUUAAUUUAUUUAUAGGAGAUGUUAAAAAGCAAGAAUAUGCACUAAUUGAUUCCUUCGGACAGACAAAAAGAAUACUUGACGGUAAAGAUGAGAAUGGCAAAUCAAGUGUAGUUAUAUCUAAUUCCGAAUUUAUUUCUAAUGAUAAAGAAAGAUGGCAUAAAAUAAGUAAUGGUGAGAAGUUAAUGGAUGAAUUUUUAAGUAAAGAUAUUCGUGACGAAAAUUCAGUGAUAGAAAGUUGUUUCAAAAUCGCCUCAACAAGUGAGUUAACAAAUGAAUAUUUGCAUUCUCAUGAUGAUAUUUUAGAUUUGAUGACAGAAACAGUUUUUGUCCCACCAAUAAAGUUAGAAAAUCCUGUCGAAAAAGAUAAUAUUGGCGCUUCAUUACCUGUCGGUAAGUUCUAUGGGACGAGAUCACAGAUAGUUAUAUUGGUAAAUAAAGAAAGAACUACAGUCCGAUAUAUGGAGAGAGUCCUAUAUGAAUGUGAUGAUGAUGUUUCGAAAGCAGGGAUCGAAAAACCAAUAAAUGAACUUAAUUUCGAAUAUAACAUCCUUUAA